AAGGCAGCGGCGGUACUUGAUGGCAGGAGAGGAGGAGGAAUAAGCGCGAAGGCUUCGCUGAGCUGUGCUUGCAGUGCCCUGCCGAUCUGCUUUAAGAUUUUUAUUUUUUAUUUUCCCCUGGUGGAUGUUGAUUUCUUGACCUUAAUUCUGAGUCCUUUGACGCGCAUCGCAGUUUCUGGUUCGUGUUUUUAUUACCUUCGGUGAGGAGAGGCAAGAGGGAGGCUGGCUUCGGUGCUGAAAGUUGCACUCGUCCUUCUUUUGGAGGCAGCAUGUGCACCAACAUAGUGUACGAGUGGCUGAAAACCCUGCAGCUCCCCCAGUACGCCGAGUCCUUUGUCGACAAUGGCUACGACGACCUGGAGGUCUGCAAGCAGAUCGGCGACCCGGACCUGGAUGCCAUCGGCGUGUCCGUGCCCCAGCACCGCCGCCGGAUCCACGAGGCCGUGCGGAGGCUGCGGGAGGCGGACGAGCGGGCGGCGGGGCUCUACUUCACCCUGGAGCCGCCGCCCGCGCCUCCCGCCAAGGGGCCCCGCCGCCCGCCUGGACAGGACGGGGCGGCCCCCCGACACCGGCCUGGCCGCGGGGGCCCGGUAGUCUACCCGAGGCUGAAGCUGAAGAUCAUGAUCCGGGACAAGCUGGUCCGCGACGGCAUCAACCUGAGCAAGCCCCCCUACUCCAACAAGGAUGGGUCACUGGGAAACAUUGAUGACCUGGCACAGCAGUAUGCAGACUACUACAACACCUGCUUCACGGAUGUGUGUGAGAGGAUGGAAGAGCUGCGCAAACGAAGGGUUUCCCAAGACCUUGAUGUGGAGAAACCUGAUGCCAGUCCCACAUCUCUACAACUGCGAUCCCAGAUUGAGGAGUCACUUGGUAUCAGCAGCACCGCAUCAACACCUGACACUGAAAGAAAGCUCUCCAUUCAUAAAUCAAGUUCGGAAGAAGGCUCUGUAGGGAAAGCAGACUGGAAAAAGAAAAAUAAGUUUUUUUGGCAGAAUUUCCGAAAGAACCAGAAAGGAUUGAUGAGGCAGACUUCAAAAGGAGAAGAUGUGGGGUAUGUGGCCAGUGAGAUCACGAUGAGUGAUGAGGAACGGAUCCAGCUGAUGAUGAUGGUUAAAGAGAAGAUGAUCACUAUUGAGGAAGCACUAGCUAGGCUGAAGGAGUAUGAGUCCCAGCACAGGCAAUCAAGUACUGUAGAUGCUACAGACUGGCCUGAUGGUUCUUACUCAACAUUUGAUGGGUCUUCCAAUUGUAAUUCAAGAGAACAAUCCGAUGAUGAAACAGAGGAGUCGGUGAAGUUUAAGAGAUUGCACAAGCUGGUAAAUUCUACUCGCAGAGUCAGGAAGAAACUCAUAAGAGUGGAAGAAAUGAAAAAACCCAGUACAGAAGGCGUAGAAGAGCAGACGCUUGACAACUCUGCUAUACUGGAUGACAGAUCAGCACUUUACUCUGGAGUUCACAAGAAGCAAUUCUACUUUGAUGGUUCCUGCGAGAAGCAGACAGAGGAUGACUCGGACUCGCUUACUACUUCUCCCUCAUCUAGCAGUCUUGAUACAUGGGGAGCUAGCCGGAAACUGGUCAAGACCUUCAGCAAAACUGAUAGCCGUGGCCUUAUCAAGCCUCCCAAGAAACUUGGGACAUUUUUUUCUUACCCGGAAGAUGAGAAGACCCAGAAAGUUUGCCGCUCCUUGACAGAUGGGGAGAUGAAGAAGAGCCUCGGCUCGCUGAGCCAUGGGAGAACCUGCAGCUUUGGAGGAUUUGACUUGACGAAUCGUUCCCUUCAUAUUGGAAACAAUUCUGACCAAAUGGGCAAGGAAGGCGACUUUGUUUAUAAAGAAGUAAUCAAAUCACCCUCUGCCUCCCGUAUAUCUCUGGGUAAAAAGGUGAAAUCUGUGAAAGAAACCAUGAAGAAGAGGAUGUCUAAAAAAUACAGCAGCUCUCUGUCUGAGCAGGAGUCAAGCCCUGGAGUCAUACCAGGUUCUCCACAGUCGCCGCCGCCAGACACUGACUCCCUGGACAAACCCAAGCUGAAAGCUGGUGGCUCAGUCGAGAGCCUGAGGAGUUCUUUAAGUGGUCAGAGCUCAAUGAGUGGUCAGACAGUCAGUACAACAGAUUCCUCAACCAGCAACAGGGAGAGCGUGAAAUCAGAAGAUGGGGAUGAUGAAGAACCACCUUACAGAGGACCUUUCUGUGGAAGAGCCAGGGUUCACACUGAUUUUACUCCAAGUCCUUAUGAUACAGACUCUCUGAAGCUCAAGAAAGGUGAUAUCAUUGAUAUCAUCAGCAAACCCCCCAUGGGCACUUGGAUGGGCCUAUUGAACAACAAAGUUGGCACUUUCAAAUUUAUCUAUGUGGAUGUGUUAAAUGAAGAGGAGGAGAAGCCGAAGCGGCCCACCAGGAGACGCCGAAAAAGCCGACCACCCCAACCCAAGUCAGUUGAGGAUCUCUUGGAUCGCAUCAACUUAAAGGAGCACAUGCCCACUUUUCUGUUCAAUGGUUAUGAAGAUCUGGACACCUUCAAGCUUUUAGAAGAAGAGGAUUUGGAUGAACUGAACAUCCGAGAUCCUGAGCACAGAGCAGUUCUCCUCACAGCUGUGGAACAUCUACAGGAGUAUGACAGUAACAGCGACCAGUCAGGAUCUCAGGAGAAACUUCUCAUUGAAGGUCAAGGCCUAGCUGGAUGCUCUCCUCGGGAUUCUGGCUGCUAUGAAAGCAGUGAAAACCUGGAGAAUGGUAAGACCCGAAGAACCUGUCUUCUCCCCUCAAAAUCAUCAAGUGAGCAUAGCUUUAAAGACUUCAGCAGACACCAGCUAUCAAAUUAUCCUACGCUCCCACUGACCAAGUCAAUAGAAACUCUACAUCAAGGAGAAAAAGAAGGCCGGUUGGGCUGUGCGCAUCGUGCUCUGAAGAGCUCUGUCAAUCCCCCAGCUGUUAUGGGUCUGAAGAAGAACCGUAGAAGUUUACCAGUUGCUGUCUGUCGGAGCUAUGAAACUCUGGAUGGCCCCCAGAGUGUGGAUGUAUGGCCAAGAUCUCAAUCCCUGGAUGAUCUCCAGGGAGAUUCCAAUACUAAUCUACAGGACAGUAGCAAGAAAGAUUAUUUUGCUCAGGAUUCGCUGGAUACAGCAAAAAAGGCAACUGGAUCUGCCCUGCCACCUCAGUCGUGUGGGGGCAGUUGUAUGGUCGAUAACUUGAUGCCUAAGCAGGGUAAAGCAGCUGCUCGUUCUCAGAAGGGUAGAGGUAAGGAGCUGGAGUGCUCUGUAAUGAAGAGUGCAGUUGGGAAACCUUUUCCGCUCCCUGUGAAACACUGUGAAGCUCAGGCUGCCUUGGUGACACAUUCUGCAACAAGGACACCUCUGGAAAUACAGAGUAAGGGCUUUCAUGACCUUGCACGGGCUGACUAUGCUCCGGUCCUCAAGGGAGGUCUAGAAGCUGAGCAAAAAGGCACAAAUGAGACAAGAAUGCAACCAAAAAAUCCCUCUCAGCCACCACCUGUUCCUGCCAAAAAAUGCCGAGAACGCCUUACUAAUGGAUUAUAUCAUCCUCCCAUGACCCCCAGUGGGAACAAUUCAAGUCAAGAAGCACCAUGUUUGCCAGUAAAAAAGAGCAGUGCAUCCACUCCCACUGAUUUUCAUGGAGUCCAUAGGACAUCUGAACAGGAACCCAGUACCCCUCCUAGCUCACUGCCACCUUGGCUGUUGGAGCAACCAGAGACUAAAAGUGUUCAGCAGCACAUGAUAAAGCUAGGGCCUGCUUCAGCAAGGAAAGUCUCUUGUAGCAGGGGAAUGGAUCUGGAAAUGGUAAUAGAAAACAAGUUGCAGUCUGAAGGUAUUGAUCUUACUGAAGAACCAUACUCAGACAAGCAUGGUCGCUGUGGCAUUCCUGAGGCUUUGGUACAGAGGUACUCUGAAGACUUAGACCAGCCUGAAAAGGAUGUUGCUGCAAACAUGGACCAAAUCCGGGUAAAGCAGCUGAGAAAGCAGCAUCGCAUGGCAAUUCCAAGUGGAGGGCUCACUGAAAUUUGCCGAAAACCUGUAUCACCAGGACUUAUCACCUCUGUAUCUGACUGGCUGAUUUCCAUUGGCCUGCCCAUGUAUUCCAGCCCACUCACAGAAGCAGGGUUCAACACACUGAGCAAAGUGCCUUCUCUGUCACAAACUUGCCUUCAGGAAGCUGGCAUCACAGAUGAAAGGCACAUAAGCAAGCUCCUGGCAGCAGCAAGACUCUUCAAACCUCUUGAUCCAGACGCAAUUUAACAUGCUCCAUAGCAUGACAUUGCCUAGUCAAGAACCCACUGCUUCUUCCUGCACCAAUUUUGUCCUAAUUACUUUACAUAACUAAAGGGAUCAAGGAAGUGGCUCCCAGUGACAGGCAGAAUGCUUCUUCAGAGGAUAUGACAUGUUUCAAUUGCUGUCUUUGGCAACCGAAGGAGAAGAGAAGCAACCACCAGGUAACACAGAUGUGGUACUUCCCUCCCCCCUCACUCCCUUGUAAAGUAUUCCUGUUUCAUAAAGUGCAUAGGGCUGGCCUGACAUCAGACAGCUUCAGGGAAUUAAGGGAUCUUACUUGCUUUUCCACAAGUUUGUUUAAGUGUUACUAAUAGGCACUGUAUUUGUGGAGAAGUGCUGAGGCUGGGGGCUUUCUGUACAUCUAGAUACCUGGAAUCAGUCCUACAGACCAUGUACAAAUCAAGGUGCAAGUCCCAGUAGAAGCUAUUUGGCAAAUGCCUUUUUUUUUUUUUUUAGUGGUCUAGAGCUAAAUGUAUACCCCUCUUUCCUGGUCAUCUUUGCUGUUGCUUGAUAUAGGUCCCAAUAUGCCUCAAAGCCUUUAGCUAGGCCAAAGUCAAUGGACUGAAGUUAAUUUACAGUAUGGUCCAUCUCUGUCACUCCAAUGCAAUUAACCCUAGGAGAAAGCUUCUUUUAAUUUGUACAGAACUGAGGUCAUUUUUAUAACUGCUUUUUAGCAAUCUGCUUUUUAUUUGCCUUAAAACAAGCUUUUAAGCAGUUACCUAAUGUUCACUUAUCUGUACUCAUGCUUCCCAAGCCUUGUUUCAACCUCUCACUCAUAAGCUGCACUUUGGGUGAUAUUCAGCUUAAGUAGCUUCUAUAAAUUGCCUCAUCAUGACAUCUUAUGUGUUGUAUAGAUGCUUUUACAAAUGCAGGGUUAUGCUAGGUUUCAAUUGUGAGGCUGACUUCCUGUUCACUGCAGUCUGCAUUUACUGUUGUUACUAAACAGUUCCAAAAUAUACUGCCUUGUAUAGAUGUAACUGCUUUUCAUUUUAAUCAUAUUCUGUGUACUGUGUUAUAUUGUCAAUCAUUACGCUGCAGCUUUGACUUGGUAUCCUGACCGUAUCAAUUCCAAACAGCAGGUUUCUGCAAAUUAAAGAUCACUUGUGGGGGAUAAAAUGUAUUCAAAUUAUGUCCCAAAGAAAUCUUGAGAUUCUGUAAUUCCAUUGCCUGGACAAGAAAAAAAUCCUAUAUAGUCUUAUGAAUUACACUGUGAUUUUAGAACAGUUGGUAUCUUUCACGUCUGAAUGUUAGUGUUACCUCUCCCUGGGAGAGAGCAGUGUGCUGGCAUAUGUGGUGAGCCAUUUUUUCCCUAUAUUUUUCUGCUAAACCCUUGUGAAAUGUUCCAUUCACGUAUGUGGCUAACAACAGAUCUUAUUUUUAUAUAUGGGGACACAUUUAUAUACCAAAUACAGAUUAUCAUGAAUAACAUGUGACUAGAUUUUUUUUAACUUGGGCUCUCUGUACAGUUUAUCCUUCAGCUUCCUUGUAGUGCAAGUGCUCCAUGGAAGGCAGAGCAAGCUUUACUCUGGCAGGCAAAGUGAGGUACAGAAACGAGGGCACAGGCUGGGAAGUGAGACUGCUUCCAGCAUCAGUUCUGACGUCAGCUUACUGUAUAGAACCAGACGAGUCACUUCACAGCCUGGUGCCUCAGUUAUCUCACGCCUGUAUUGAGCUAAUAACACUAAUUUUCCUGAUCAAAUGCUAUCAGAUUGAUGAGUGGAGAGCUUUGCUUACUACAUCAGUCCUUACUAUGUAUAAUACUUACAUGGCCGUGUUUUAAGUCAGAUGAACUACAUGUUUUACUACAGAUGACAGUUAAUUUGGCUCCCGUGUUAGGCUCAUUUCCUAGUUUUGGAGUUGUUGAGUGUUUGUAGCAUCAGCUUUGAAUUCAGUCUGCAUCCAGAAGCAUGCCAUCACGUGAAGCAUCUAACUCAGUGCUGUCAUUUGGAAUUGUUCUCAAACAAAACUCUUCCAAGUCUUUUUUUAAUGAUGUUCUCCUGCUGCAUAAAUCAAUUGCUCUAAUGUGACAGCGUCAGGAAACAUACAGCAAAAAUGCUUUGCACCACUGGUAAAGAUUUAAGGAAAAUGUGGAAAAAGUACAUUGUCUUUUUAAUAGUAAUGAUUUGUCAUUUCCUCUCUGAGGCUUACAUGGUAACUAUCAGCAAGCAGGAGAUGAAAGUAGUGAGACUUCCUGGGAGUACUGGCAGGGACCAGUACUGAGUGAAAGCAAGUACACAACAGCCUUCCUUGGAGCAAAGAAGUCCAAGCUGGCUGUGUGCAGUAAGAAGGGAAACACUUCUUCUUACAGGAAAGGCAAGUCACAUAAUAAAGCUCUCCCAUAUUAAUUACUCCUACUCAGUUAAUAACAGGAGAAAUACAGGAAUAAGCCAGACCCAUGUGCCAAACACACUCUAUAACUCCAUGGUUUUUAAAUAAUGACACAGCCCAGGGAAACCAAAUCCCACCCAUCCAGCACUAGAGUGAGCAGUCUGAGAUUUGUGAGUUCUAAAAGCUGCUUUGUUUUUCUUUUUAAGACUGCUCUCCGUGGUCCCACUUGAAUUAUAAUUUUAGUUUCUAUUUUAAUCAAAAAAAGCCUUAAGCUUUUCAGAGUUCGAGCUUCCCUGCUGUGGAUUCAGUGACCUGUGGCAUUCCCCACGCAGGUGAGGCAGUGUGCUAAAGAGCCAUAACCUCUUACAUUUCCUUGCAGCCCUUCAGUACAGUAAGCAAAAGAUCACUCUUUGGCUCUUGGGAAGCACAGAAGAAACCUGCUGCUGGAAUCCUAACCUGCUCUGCUCAGGCUAAUGACGUUACGCAUCUGUCCAUUGUACCAUUGUAACUCAGAUAGCUAUUUAAUGGUAAGAAGCAGCAAGCCCAAAAUAUUACAGAAUGCCUUCAUAAAUGUAAGCUUCCAUCAGUAAAUCUCUGUUAAUACCCAGAUAGUCUCUGUGCUCUUUUUUAAGAGCCUGGCUUUGAGUGCAGACUGGGAGCAUGAUCAGAAAUGUUAAACACUGCAUUAUUCUAACAGGUCAUCAUCUCUAAGAGCAGCAAUAGUGGUCGAUUCACCAAGUCACAGCUGUGCAAUUGUACUGUAUUAUUUUUAGAAUAAAUAAUACUUUUGGUCCAAGAUACUUUUAUCUUUAAUUGACACCCUUUGGGGAAUCAAAACUGUCAAACAAGUUAUGUAACAACUAACAAAGUUGCACUUUCUGUAUAUGAAAUCAAUAUUUAAAUAACUUAUUUUUCUCCAUUUGCUGUUCUUAUAUGAUGUAAAGUAGCUGUAAUAUACCAGUACUCAAUAUGUCCUGCAGUUUGCUUCAACCCAAGAAAGCUGUGUAUUGUAAAGAAAAAAAAAAGAAAAACAAAAUAUGAAUGUGUAAAGAUUAUUGUGCUGUUUCAUUUAGCAAAACAAAUGGUUGACAAAAGGGUUUUCCUGUGUAUCAAAACUUGUCUAUAAUUAUAUGUCAUACUGUUCAUAGAUAAAAAAAAAAUAAAUAAAUUUCUUUGGUCUCUCUU